AUGCCUGAUGAUGACGAUCCAGAUACCAUUCGUUUCGCUUACACCAUUCCCAGUCGAGAAGUAAUCGAAGUAGUGAAAGCAGUGGCAGCGACCGGUGCCGUACUCCCGAUAGCACCGCCAGGCCCAAACUCCAGCUGGGCUCUGGACUUCUCUGGGCCUGCGCUGAAAUGCACCAACAUAUCAGAGCCACUGAGAUCCGAGAUCCGCUCGAACAUAGCAAGCGCCACUGGCUCCGCAUCGAACUGCGAGGCAUACGGAUACCUCGCCUGGCUUGAAGGAAUGCCCUUCUUGAACACAUCCCAGACCAAUGCAUCUGGCAGCGGGGAGCAUGCAUUCAACUCUCGUAUCUUCCAAGGCUCUUCGAUGCCUGCAGUCUUGUACUUGGCAGCCAGUCCCGAAGCCAUGCGAAGAGCGGAUCACGAAAGUCCACCGGCCGCAUGUAGCAAACCAGCAGCAUCCCUGUAUGCGCCCGAAGCAGGCGGACUUAUGCUGGAAUGCGCUCUCCAGUCCGCAUCGUACCAUACUGCCUUUGACUACAUCAACGGUCUACAAGACGUCGACUUGAGCACUGUGCCUUUGGAUGAGACGACGAUUCAGACUGUGUCUUCGGUCAAUUGCACCACGGCACACGGCUCCGAAGGAUCAUGCGAUUUCACGCCUGGAAUACUACGAACUCUGUCCUUCCAGGCAGUAAUGGACGCAGUUGCGUAUCUUCUCACAGGAUUUGUGAGCGCAGAAGGGAAUGCAACGGCACCCUUCAUGUCGACCCAAGUCAUAUCCACAGCACUCAUCUCUACUCCAGAGCUGCAUUUCCUCACACAGCCAAUCUUGGAACAAGACAGCACUGCAGGAGCAAGAACGCUACAGCAGAAUGUCCUCGCCUGGAGCAGCACCAGAGACCAAGGACUGGUCAAGAGCGACCCUCGAUCGCCUACCAGCUCGCUCGCAGAGACUAUUGAGGACCUCUUUAAGAAUGCCACAGUCAGCAUGAUGAGUCAACAGCAUCUCCAACCAAACGCAUCCUCAGCCUUCGCACCUCCGCCCGUGAACGUCACCCACCGCACCUUCCACAACGUCUACACCUACUCCAAGACCAAACUCUGGAUCACCUACAGUGUCGCCAUCACCGUGACCGCAAUCACCGCGAUCCUGGGACUCAUAGCAGUGGCCGCAAGCGGCGCAUCCUACAGCAGCAGCAACAGCUUCUCCAGUGCAUUCCGCCUUGCCAGAGGCGCAAUGUUGAGCACCGAUAUGCGGAAUGAAGAUUUCGACGGCAGAGAUCCGUUGCCUGCUCAUCUCGCAAAAGCGAAGAUGUGGCCGGAGCAUACGCGGACGAGCCAAGCCAGUCGAGUGGACAGCAUUCUCCUCAGCCGGCGGAGUAGGACGAGCAGUAUAGCUCUGAGCGAGCGGCCGAAGACUCAGUCGAGGAGGUCGUCUGCGUCGCUACUUGGCGUACCGCCUGAUAUUGAGCCGCCGACCAAGCCUUGGAGCGCGUUCUGA